AUGGCAUUUGCAGGAACAACACAAAAGUGCACAGCCUGCAACAAUACAGUGUAUCUGGUUGAUCGGUUGGCAGCCGACAACCGGGUUUUCCACAAGGCCUGCUUCCGGUGCCACCAUUGCAGUGGUACCCUCAAGCUUGGCAGCUUCAACUCUUUUGAGGGGGUUCUGUACUGCAGGCCUCACUUUGAUCAGCUCUUCAAAAGAACUGGCAGCCUGAACAAGAGUUUUGAUGGAACUCCAAAAAUCUCGAAACCCGAAAAGCUUGUUGACAACGAGAAUGCUACUGCAAACAAAGUGUCAAGUUUCUUUGGAGGCACCAGGGAGAAAUGUGUAGGGUGUAACAAGACUGCCUAUCCAAUUGAGAGGGUGAGUGUCAAUGGAACAGCAUACCACAAGAGCUGUUUCAAAUGCACCCGUGGAGGUUGUACAAUAAGCCCAUCCAACUACAUUGCUCAUGAGGGAAGACUCUACUGCAAGCACCACCACACCCAACUCUUCAAGGAGAGAGGAAAUUACAGCCAGCUCGAGACCGACUCGGAAAAAGAGCCACUGCCAACUUCCAUGGAAAUUGCUGUCGCUUCGUGA